CCUACAGCGGUCGGCUAGUGAAAAGAAUCCAGCGUGUGAAAUAAUGUAUUCCAUUGAACAACAUGUAUUUUGUUUCUGGAGUUUCACCGAUUAGAACAUAGUCCUAUGGCUUCAUUUCAUUACAACAGAAUGCUUUCCAAAUUUGGUAUUGUGAAAUAUGAAAAAUGCGUAGUAUCUUUAAAUAAGUAACUUUUUCUACCUCUUGCGGGCUAGCUAACCAAUUUAGGUGAAUCAAAACUUCAUGUAAUCUUAAUAUAACAUACAUGAUAUAACGCAUAUUAAGUGUAUGUAUAUUCCUGAGCAAGAACUGGAACAAGCGAGCAUGAAUUUUGUGUGAAAUGUAAAAAAUUGAUUUUUACAUUUUUCCGGAAAUCAAGCCCUGCUUAUGUAGCACAUUAGCUCUUAUGCCCAAUAUAUAUUAAUAUUUUUAUCAAGAUAGUCACAGACCUAUUUGAGGAAAAGGCAGAAAGCCAGUGUGAAGUGUCCAAGAACUGCUUUUAAUAAAACUUCAUUUAAUUAAGUCAUUUUAUAUCAAUGCAAAGCAUAAACAUCAUCUUGAGAUAUGUAGCAAGUUAUAUGAUGUCAAAACUUUUAGUUAUGUAUAUUGUGAAGAAACUUCAUUUCUAGGGGUAUAUAACCAAUUAUUUGGAAUGAACACAGUUUUAAAAGAGCCUAUGGAUACAUAUACAGAGAAGAAACCUUAUGUACGUGAAAAAUGUAAUCAAUCAUUCAGACUAAAGCGUGAUUUAGGGGAGCAUAGGCUCAUUCACGCAGGAAAGAAACCUCAUGUGUGUGAAGUAUGUAAGAAGUCAUUUAGUCAAAAGAGUGAUUUAAACAGGCAUAUGCGUGUUCACACAGAAGAGAAACCUUAUAUGUGUGAACUAUGUAAGAAAUCAUUUAGUCAAAAGGCUAGUUUAAAUAUGCAUAUGCUUAUUCACACAGGAGAGAAACCUCAUCUGUGUGAAGUAUGUAAGAGGUCAUUUAGUCGAAAGAGUGAUUUAAACAGGCAUAUGCAUGUUCACACAGAAGAGAAACCUUAUGUGUGUGAAGUAUGUAAGAAGUCAUUUAGUCAAAAGAGUGAUUUAAACAGGCAUAUGCAUGUUCACACAGAAGAGAAACCUUAUGUGUGUGAACUAUGUAAGAAAUCAUUUAGUCAAAAGGCUAGUUUAAAUGUGCAUAUGCUUAUUCACACAGGAGAAAAACCUCAUGUGUGUGAAAUAUGUAAGAAGUCAUUUUGUCAAAAGUCUACUUUGCACACGCAUAUGCUAGUUCACACAGGAGAAAAACCUCAUGUAUGUGAAAUAUGUAAGAACUUAUUCAGUAUAAAGUCUCAUUUAAAGAAGCAUAUGCUUAUUCACUUGGGAGAGAAGCCACAUAUAUGUGAAAUAUGUAAGAUGCGAUUUCGUCACACGGGUAGUUUAACUGAACAUAUGCUUAUUCAUACAGGAGAGAAACCACAUGUGUGUGAGGUAUGUCAGAAAGCAUUUAAUGCAAGGCAUAGUUUCAACACUCAUAUGUUUAAUCAUACAGGACAGAAACCUUAUUUAUGUGAAGUAUGUAAGAAGUCAUUUAGUAGAAAGAGUCUUUUAAACAGGCAUAUGCUUGUUCACACAGGAAAGAAACCACAUAUCUGUGAAAUAUGCAAGGUGUCAUUUCGAUAUAAGGAGAGCUUAAAUCGGCAUGUGCUUGUUCAUGCAGGAGAGAAACCUCAUGUGUGUGAAGUAUGUCAGAAAAAAUUUAUUGCAAAACGUAACUUAAGCAAGCAUAUGCAUAUUCAUACAGUAGAGAAACGUCAUGUAUGUGAAGUAUGUAAGAAGUCAUUUCGUGAAAAGAGCCAUUUAAAAAACCAUGUGGUUAUUCACACAGGAGAAAAAUGUCAUAUCUGUGAAGUAUGUAAGAAGUCAUUUAGUCAAAAGGGUUACUUACGCAUCCAUAUGCUUAGUCACACAGGAGAGAAACCUCAUAAAUGUGAAGUAUGCAUGAAGUCAUUUCGUCAGAAGGGUUAUUUAGGCAUCCAUAUGCUUAUUCACACAGGAGAAAAACCACAUGUGUGUGAAGUAUGUAAGAAGUUAUUCAGACGAAAGGCUGCUUUAAGUGAGCAUAUGCUUAUUCACACCAGAAGGAAACCUUGUGUAUGAAAUAUGUAGGAAGUUAUUUAGUCGAAAGUGUAAUUUAAAGAAACUUUUAUUUGUUUACAUUGGGGAGUGGAUUUGUGUGUAAAGUCAUUUCAUCAAAAGAGUAAUGAAACAUAUGCUUAUUCACUCAGCAGAGCAACCUUGUGUUCUUGAAAUAAGUAAAUAUCAUUUAAAUUAAAGGAUGAUUAAAAUUUCCAUAUCUACACAAGAGAUAAAUGUCAUGAAUUAUGUGUGUAAAAAUAUUUAAACAAAGAAAGAAUUUGGAAAAAAAAAAAAAAAAAAAAAAGAAUAGAAACUGUCUUUCCUUUGAAGUGUUGUUAGAAUAGUAACAAAUUUUACUUAGCAAUGCAGUAAGGACUUCAUGCAGCAAAGAAAUCUUGUGUAAAAUUGAGGCUGGUGUUAUACACGAGAUGACAGGAUUUAAAAGUCUUAGAAUGACGGGCAGAAUCUAGGAUUUUGUCACGGGGGCAUAGUGGCUACUGCUGAUCCUGCAUGAGAUAUAUAAAUUAUCAUAUGAUAAAAAUAUAGUAAACGAUUUUGAGAAAAACUGUAUUAAUGCCAGAUAAAGCUCAAGUUAUUUUCAUGAAUAACUUAAAAUGCAUUUGGUUUUUCAUCAAAUCCUUGUAUGAAAGAGAAAUUUAAAACAGCAUAUGCCUUGGGUUACUGUUUUUUUUUUUUUUUUUUUUUUUUUUAGAAUCAGAUUUUAUAGGUUUUACAUGGCUUCCACCAUUCUCCAAAUUCCAAUCUAUUAGAGAGAAUUACAUUUUCUGCAACAUUUUGUAAGCAGUAAGGAAAUGUGAAAUGUACUGUUUUAUGACAUCUUUAGCAUUGCAGGUUAAAAUUUUUUGCCUUCUCAACAAAAGUUAACUUUCUACUUAAUUAUGGCUGAAAUGUUGAGAAUGCUUAGAAAUGAAAUGUUACGGAGUCCAUGCUAAGCAUACAUAAGUUUGCAAGAUCAGUUGGUUAAUCUUCGGAUUAUGGUAACUUGGCAAUUUUUUGGCGAAAAUUUGGCGACCAACCCUGCUACAGCAACCUUCCAGCCCGUCUUUUUUUUUUUUUGGAUGCCCUUUUGUUUUCACGAAGUAAAGGAAUUUUUUUCCAACAGUUUGCUAGCCGAAUUACUCUUAUGAUAGAACUGGUUAAUUUUCGGAUUAUGGUAACUUGGCGAUUUUUUGGCGAAAAUUUGGCGACCAACCCUGCUACAGCAACCUGCUAGUUUUGUUUUGAAUGCCAUUUUGUUUUCACGAAGUAAAGGCAUGU